GUGAUGUGGCUAAAGUGAGUCCAUACUAUGUAUUUCCACUAUCCAAAUCCAAUCAUAUCCACACACACUGUCUAAACACUUCUCUAACUCUUACUUCAUUUUCUUCUUCUUCUUCUUCUUCUUCUUCUUAUUUUCAUAAAACUUAAACUAAAACAAUGUCUUCCUCAGCUGUAGUUACAACUGGCUCAUCAUCCUCUUCAUCAUGUACCUUCAACAACAAUAGGCACUCCAUCAAAAAAACUCAUCCAAAGUCACCAUCAAAUAUUCCCAAUUUCAUCCAGAAAACAAGUUUCCAAGGCUUAUCACUCAUAGAAGCCAAAAGGGGUGUUGCUAAUUUCUUCAUUAAAAAUGAUAACAAUAACAACAAGAGUAAUGUUGUUGGCUCAAGAAGAGGUCUUAAUGUCACAGCAAGAACAGCUGGUGCUGCUAAGUCCAUUGAGGUUGAAGUUGACAAGCCUUUAGGCCUCACUUUGGGUCAAAAACAAGGUGGUGGUGUUGUCAUCACAGCAGUUGAAGGAGGUGGAAAUGCAGCAAAAGCAGGGCUAAAAGCAGGGGACCAAGUGUUAUAUACAAGUAGUUUCUUUGGAGAUGAAUUAUGGCCAGCAGACAAGCUUGGUUUUACUAAAACAGCUAUUCAAGCUAAACCUGACUCUGUCUACUUUGUUGUUAACAGAGGUGGUGCUGAUGUAGAUGUUAAACGAUUACCGAAGCGCCCGGCUCCUCCUCGUUUCGGUAGGAAAUUAACCGAGACGCAAAAGGCUAGAGCUACUCACAUUUGCCUUGAUUGUGGAUUCAUAUACACAUUACAAAAACCUUUCGAAGAACAGGCUGAUGGAUAUGUAUGCCCUCAAUGUAGAGCACCCAAAAAGAGGUUUGCACGUUAUGAUGUGAACACAGGUAAGGCUAUUGGUGGUGGAUUGCCUCCCAUUGGUGUCAUUAUAGGCUUGCUUGUUGGUGUUGGUGGUGUUGCAGCAUUGCUUUUGUAUGGCCUUCAAUAAGACAACAAUAAUAUGUAUAUAUUAUGCUAAACAAAAAAAAAAAAAUCAAUAUUUCAUUAAUCUAAGAUGAUUAAUUGUUGUAUUAAAUUAAGAACAAACGUACCAUACUUUUCAUAUCAUUUUUCUCAACAAGAAUGCUUUUACACUUUGAUGAUUGAGUUGUCACAUGUAGAGGUAAUAAUUCAUGUUUAUGGAUCGCGUUUGUGUCUGAGAUUCAAACAUAUGACAAAUUUGAAACUAA